GACACAAUAGUACAUUACACCGGUACAUCACCGUAAUAGUCUUUAUUCCACAGCAGAAUUAAUCAUUACAAAGAUGGGUCGUUACCUGGACAGUGAUGAGGAGCGAAAGAAACACAAGAAGAAGAAGAAACGCCGUUCACGAUCCAGAUCUGGGAGUUCCUCAUCGUCAUAUGAAGAUCGUCAUCAGAAGAAAUCCAAAAGCAAAAAGAAACACAGACAUCGCUCCAACAGUCGGUCUCCAACGUAUUCCAACCAAAGUUAUUCGAGGGAUCGCUCAAAUCGAAGAUCUCCGUCUUAUGACAGAGACAAAGACAAGUUCAAGCGGCGCCGAAGCUAUUCAAGGGAAGUUUCCAGUCACAGAUCUCAUUCACUGGAACGAGCGCGGGACUCGGAUCAAAACCGUAGUUCCGACCGUUAUAGAAACAAAGGCGGGUCUGGGGACAGGUCACGCUCAAGGGAACGGUCACGAUCCAGCAGAGACAGGUCGCGGUCCAGCAGAGACAGAUCACGGUCCAGAGAAAAGUCUUCACGAACCAAAAGUAAAUACAAAGACAGGAGCCACUCUCGGGAUAGAAACGGUGACAGGCAUCAAUCAAGGAGCUAUUACCGACCAUCUACUAGCUCAACGCAGUCAGAUUACAAAGAGUCUAGAUCUCAUAGCCGCCGCCGGUCACGAAGCCGAAGCAAGUCAUGGUCAUCCUCUGACCGGAGGUCAAACCAACAUUCAAAACGAUCAAAGAGGUCCAGAUCUCCAGACAGAAGUAGUUACCAUUCUUGGCAGUCUACCAGUCCAGAAUCAAAACAAGCAACAACCGCCACCACCGCUUCUAAGAAAGAUGAUCUCUGUGCCAAAAUACCAGGUUUUGCUACAAUGGAACCUGCUGAACAGGCAAAAAUUAGGUUACAGAUGGCUCUCAAAGCUGCUGCUGCUGCUGAUGAACAGCUGCGAAAGAUGCAGGAGAAAAACACAAUGGUUAAGGAGCAACGCCAAUUAAUGGAACAGCCUGAUUUUGCUAUCACAGUGGAAGACAUUGAAAGUUCUGCUUUCACCCAAUCAACAUUUGUUUCUGGCACUAAUCGAGUGCCCCAGGAAUCCCCUGAAGAAGAACAGUUUGGUACGAUAGCGGAAAUCAAACCUGGCAGUGUGAAGGCCAACGCUGGCCAGGCAACAGCACCAGACAAUUACAAAUACAACAUUGACAUAGAUACAUUUGCACACCCGAGUUUGUUCAUCGACAUCAGUGAGAAGAAGAAGAGGUGGUUGCAGAAGCUGACCGUCUUCAGGAAACGGAAGACUUCAAGCCUUCUGCUUUAAAACACACACACACACACACACACAUACAUACACACGCACAUUCACAAGCUCACAUAUUUAAAUAUAUACACAUGCACACACACACACAGACUCUCACAAACACGAAUUUUCAUUCAAAUUCACAGAAAUAUAUUACAAGAACCAAAUACGAAAUGAAAAACCAAAAAUAAAUAUUCCCGAA